CGCGGGGCCGGAAGUGCUCCGCGGGCGUCCUGGGCGGGAGGAGAAGGAGGGCGUCCGCCAUGAAGCUGUACUGCCUGUCGGGGCACCCGACGCUCCCUUGCAAUGUGCUCAAAUUCAAAUCCACCACCAUCAUGUUGGACUGUGGCCUGGACAUGACCUCCACGCUCAGCUUCCUUCCCCUGCCGCUGGUCCAGAGCCCCAGGCUGUCCAACCUCCCGGGCUGGGUCCUGAAGGAUGGAAAUACUUUCUUGGAUAAGGAGCUAAAGGAGUGCUCCGGCCACGUGUUUGUGGACUCCGUGCCCGAAUUCUGCUUGCCAGAGACGGAGCUGAUAGAUCUGUCCACGGUGGACGUGAUCCUCAUCUCCAACUACCACUGCAUGAUGGCCCUGCCCUACAUCACCGAGCACACCGGCUUCACCGGGACCGUUUACGCCACCGAGCCAACGGUGCAGAUCGGCAGGCUGCUCAUGGAAGAGCUGGUGAAUUUCAUUGAACGAGUGCCAAAGGCUCAGUCCGCCUCUUUGUGGAAAAAUAAGGAAGUGCAGAGGCUGCUGCCCGCUCCCCUCAAAGAUGCCGUGGAAGUGGCCACGUGGAGAAGGUGCUACACGAUGCCGGAGGUGAAUUCCGCCCUCAGCAAGAUCCAGCUGGUGGGCUACUCCCAGAAAAUCGAGCUGUUUGGUGCCGUCCAGGUGACCCCACUGAGCUCCGGCUAUGCCCUCGGAAGCUCCAACUGGAUUAUCCAGUCGCAUUACGAGAAGGUGUCGUACGUGUCCGGAUCCUCUCUGCUGACCACGCACCCACAGCCCAUGGACCAGGCCUCCCUGAAGAACAGCGACGUCCUGAUUCUGACGGGCCUCACGCAGAUCCCCACGGCGAACCCAGACGGCAUGGUGGGAGAAUUCUGCAGCAGCCUCGCCAUGACAGUCCGGAACGGCGGCAACGUCCUGGUCCCCUGCUACCCGUCCGGCGUCAUCUACGACCUGCUGGAAUGUCUCUAUCAGUACAUGGACUCGGCCGGCCUCUCCAACGUCCCCCUCUACUUCAUCUCCCCCGUGGCCAACAGCUCGCUCGAGUUCUCCCAGAUCUUCGCUGAGUGGCUCUGUCACAACAAGCAGACCAAGGUCUACCUCCCGGAGCCUCCCUUUCCUCACGCAGAGCUCAUUCAGACGAACAAGCUGAAGCACUACCCCAGCAUCCCCGGGGACUUCAGCAACGACUUCAAGCAGCCGUGCGUGGUGUUCACCGGCCACCCCUCCCUGCGCUGCGGGGACGUCGUGCACUUCAUGGAGCUCUGGGGCAGGUCCGGCCUCAACACCGUCAUAUUCACCGAGCCCGACUUCUCGUACUUGGAGGCCCUGGCUCCCUACCAGCCACUGGCCAUGAAGUGCGUCUACUGCCCCAUAGACACGCGCCUCAACUUCAUCCAGGUGUCUAAGCUGCUCAAGGAAGUGCAGCCCCUCCACGUGGUGUGCCCGGAGCAGUACACGCAGCCACCUCCCACCCAAGCGCACCGCGUGGAUCUGGUGAUCGGCUGCCACCCCCCCGCCAUGUCCUACCGCCGGGCCGAGGUGCUCACCCUGCCCUUCAAGCGGCGCUACGAGAAGAUCGAGAUCGUCCCCGAGCUUGCAGACUCCCUGGUGCCCAUGGAGAUCAAGCCCGGCAUCUCCCUGGCGACCGUUUCCGCCAUGCUGCACACCAAAGAUAACAAGCACGUUCUGCAGCCCCCGCCCAAGUCCGGCCCGGCUCCGGUCGGCAAGAAGCGGAAGCGGGUGAUGGACGACAUCCCGGACUGCAAGCCGCUGAAGCCCCUGCUGAGCGGCUCCAUCCCCGUGGACCAGUUUGUUCAGGCCUUGGAGAAGCACGGCUUCAGCGACGUGAAGGUGGAGGACACGGCCAAGGGCCACAUCGUGCUGCUGCAGGAGGCGGAGACGCUGAUCCAGAUCGAGGAGGAUUCCACCCACAUCAUCUGCGACAACGACGAGCCGCUGCGGGGACGCCUGCGUGACCUCGUCCUCAACUUCCUGCAGAAGUUCUGAGGGGGCCCCCGGCCGAUCUGCUUCCCCCGCCCCCCGACCGCCACCCGGGCCCGGCUCGGGCCGGGCCCCUCCCGGAACUCCGAGUCCCGGAGGCGGAGGGAGGACCGCCCUCCGGCCCCCCCGCCCCGGGCCGGCCGAGAACUACCGUCGGAAAGGGAAGGGCUCAGCCCGGGUGCCCGGCCCCAUCGCCGCCGUCACCCCGCCCCGGGGGUACCGUCGCACCCGGGACGGGCCCCUUGCCCUCUCCUGUUACUUGAGGCGGUCCGCGCACGCGGACGUUGAACCCCCGGGCCGGGCCUGGGCCUGUCCCGGCCCCGGAGCCGCCUCUGGCUCCCC